AUGCCCCGAAUAAUAGCAAGAAGGAAGCGCUGCCAUCAAAGUGCCCUCCCCUCUGAGUCCGAGCCUCCAAUCAAGCGCACGAGGCAGCAAAUUUUGACAGCUGCGGAUGGAGAUUCGGCCGGCAUUAAUCCAGCUCCAGUCAAUGAGAACGACAUCAAUAGCAACAACAUAAUGUCGACCAUAGCUGGAGGAUGUGAGCUCGAAAUGGUAGAGAUUGUUCCGAUUAUUCAGUAUGAGCCGGAGCUGGGUGCGGAGGAGAAUCCAUUUUACUAUGAGCCCAACAAAUUGUUAAACCAGUUGCAUGCGGAACGCCUCAAACGCAACGAUCCAUAG